CAUGAGCCUCUGGGGUCAGUCCUGCUCUGGGUUGACUGUGGAUCUCUUUAUAGGAUUAUCUAUUCUCAGGACAGGAGAAAGGCAGAGGGAGGGAUGAACCAAAGUCGAACUUGUGGUAUGACCUGUGUAUUACAAUUGCUAUGAAAAACCCACUUCAUGUGAAAGGGAUUUGAAUUUUAUUCAUCUAAGAUAAUUGAAUUAUCUGGUGUGCACAAUGGAUGAGGCAUUGAUGAACGCAGAGGGUUUCCAGGCUGACGGAGAGAUGAGCUGCCUCAACCUGUCCGUCAAACUGGACAGCGAGGACAGUGACGAAGAAAGUAGUCUGGAGGAGCCACUGGUCACAAGCUGGACCGAUCUGUCCAUUGUAGAGCGUGUGGGCCUCAACAGUGUGGAAAUGUCAGAUAAGGAUUUGGAGACGGCCUUCUCUCAGAUCACGCUGGCCUUCCGUUGUGAUCAGUACACUCUGAAGCAGAGAUUGCAGGCGGAGGAGCACGCCCGCAACCUGGCUGAGGAGAACAUCCAGCUGGAGCUGAGCAGAGGCAGGGAGACGCUGGAGAUGCUGAAGAGUCUGUGUUUGGACAGCAAUCGCAGUCAUAUCCUGCAGAGGCUGGAGCUGUCUCUGGACAUCCUUGGAGGAACAGUGGAGCGAGUCUCCAACACAGCGGAGGUGCUCGGUGCUGUGCACCAGGAGGCUCGAGUGAGUCGGGCAGUGGAGCUCAUGGUGGCUCACGUGGAGAGUCUGAAGAGGCGUUCUGACAAAAAUGUAGUAGAGCUGGAAGAAACCAAGAAGAUCAUACAGCAGCAGAAGAACUCCAGAAACACCAAUCCUAGAUCUACUUCAGAUCCAGAGGAUAGUGAUAGUGGAGGGAAAAGCUCACAAAAAGCCACUUUACGCCGAAGGAUCAGUGCAUCUGUCAUUACCAGCCAAACUCAGGAGAAGAAAAAACGUGAAUCAAAGAAACGAGUCUCUUCCAGCAAGAAGCCGACCCCCUCGGGCCCAUCUCCUCCGAUGAACUCGGAGUCCAACGGCUCUGCUGCGGCUAAAGAGGGCCGCUGCCCAGUAACGGAGAGGGAGCUCAAUCCAGUCCCAGCAGAAACUUCAGCCCCUGCAGCCCCAGAGCCCGCUCCUGCACCCAACCCAGAGAGCCCCCCGGCAGAGCAAGUGGCCCCCAAAAUAACACAAAACAAAACCCCCCCGGAUACUUUGCGACAAAGACACAAGGGCAAAGAGGCUUUAUCAAACAAGGGGAAGGAAAAAAGAGCGGCAAACAUCCAGAGACAAAUAUCCAUGGGAAUGUGUGGAUGCUGCACGCAGCAACCUCCGCCUCCCCGGGUGCAUCGGGGGAGAUGGAUCCGUGUCUGCCUAAACUUGUUUGUGCUUUUCUGUGUCAUCGUACUGACUUUCGUCUUGUGGAAGCUUUAUGAGGGAGAUCUCGAAUACUAAUCUGCUUUACUGGAAAAUACUGUUUUGAAUGCACCACCUGGAUUGUGUCACUAUUGUCAACGACAAGUGUG